AUGAACCAAUAUCUAAACAAAUACUCCUCUGGCGAAAACAUUACUGUGGGCUCCUACAACAUAUCCAUCCUAAACUACCUAUCUGAAGGUGGUUUUGCCCACAUCUACAAAGUCAAAAUCAACUCAAUCACCAUCCCAAGCUCCAAACACUCCAAAUCCAACACAAACUUCAACAGCUCCUCCCACAUCAACCCAAAUCUCAUAAACUCCAUCGCCUGUCUCAAAAGAGUCCUAGUAAAGGACGAAGAGGGCCUAAAACAACUCCAAAGCGAAAUCGAUUACAUGAAACUACUAUCAAAUUCAAACUGCCCCUACAUCGUCAACUACAUUGAUUCCCAAAAAUACCUUAUCAACCAAUCUCAAUCACCGUCAAACCCACAAUGCCAAUUCUUCGUCUUGAUGGAACUCUGCUCAAAGAACUCCCUACUAGAUCUCAUGAACCAACGACUCGUCAACAGACUCACUGAAUUCGAAAUCUUAUCCAUCCUUCACGACAUCUCUCUAGCUAUCACUUGCAUGCACCAUCUAACAAACCCUCUAAUCCACAGAGACAUCAAAAUCGAAAACGUCCUUAUCAACGACCAAAACAUCUACAAACUAUGCGACUUUGGCUCAACCUGUCCUGUCCUAAGAUCCCCCAGAAACAACAGAGAAUUCCAAAUCCUCAAAAACGACAUCUACAAACAAACCACUCCCCAGUACAGAUCCCCAGAAAUGAUCAAUCUCUACAAAAACAUUCCCAUCAACCAAAAAUCUGACAUCUGGGCCCUAGGCGUCUUUCUCUACAAGCUAUGUUUCUACACAACUCCCUUUGAAAACAACUUGAACCCAGAAUUCGCCAUAGAAAACUCCAUCUACUCCAUCCCAACCAACUCCUUCUCCUCUGAUCUAAUCAACCUAAUAAAGGCAAUGUUACAACUCGAUCCCACAUCAAGACCAAACAUCUACCAAAUCGUCAUAAAAGUCUGCUCCCUUGUAAAUAUUAAUGUUCCAGAUAACGUUUACGAUAAAGAGAAAAGAGGCCCUUACGACUUUGAUUCCCUAUCGUAUCCAAUUUCAAAUAACACCCAAUACAACCAAUCCUACGAAGAUAACAAACCAGCAGCAAAAGCAGCAACAAAUAAACCAACAGCAAAUAAACCAACAGCAAAUAAAUCAACAGCAAAUAAACCAACAGCAAAUAAAUCAACAGCAAAUAAAUCAACAACAACAAUUGGCCCAAUAUCAACAAAACUACCUGCCUCCCAAAAAUCUUUCUCUUUACGAAAAUAA